CGUACCCGAAGCCGUCAGACUUCUCACACUUAGUCUUUGUUUUUCUGUGGGGUUUUUUUUCUCCCCCUUUUUCUUUUCAAUAUUGCAACGCUAGUGCCCCGUGGCCCAGAGGAGAAGGCGGGUCGGCGCGCCGAAUCCGGGAACCGCCGGGACUGGUGGCACUGCCCUUUGUGGCUCAACAGCCUGCGGCAGCGCCGGCGGAGGAAGCCCGCCCGGAGGCGAGAUACUCCUGGAGGCUGGAUGCUCUCCCUCCCCACGCUCCGCGAACGCCAAAAGCGAAUCAGACUAGCGGCCGAAAGAGCAGGGCAUACCAGUAAGAUUGCAGGAGCGCUUCGGGCGGAACCUGGCGUCCCUUGAACCUCCCCAAAGAAAGCGAGCCAGCCCCCCACCCUCCGACAUCAAAGUGGAGACUCGGUGAUUCUUAACUCUAAACUUUGUUACAAACUCUCUGGGCCCUGCCUGAGUUUUGUUUUGCUUAUUUCCCGGGGGGAGAAGAUGAGAAGUAGUGCACUUUGAGCGGCGAGGAAAGGUGAGGAAGAGAUCGAGAUCGAAUCCCGCACUCUUAGGAGCGAAAGGACAGCGAGACCCCCGGGCGCCCUCUGGUCUCGGCGAGCCACCCACUCUCGAGUGGCGUGUUUGGACAUUUCUGCUGCGUAGCGCCGAGAGCAACUCCCGGCGGCGGCGUUCUCGGCCUAGCGGGCAGGUCGCCUCCUCGCUCGCGCGCUCCGCGCCUCUCGCACUCCUGAGCCCCGCCCCGGGCACCGGCCCGCGCCCUCGCUGCGUGGCUGUGGGCUCCGGCCUGGCCGUGGGAUGCUGGCGGUAGGGGCGAUGGAGGGCACCCGGCCGAGCGCGUUCCUGCUCAGCAGCCCGCCCCUGGCCGCCCUGCACAGCAUGGCCGAGAUGAAGACUCCGCUGUACCCCGCCGCGUACCCCCCGCUGCCAGCCGGACCCGCCUCCUCCUCCUCCUCCUCGUCCUCGUCGUCGCCCUCCCCGCCUUUGGGCGCCCACAACCCAGGCAGCCUGAAGCCCCAGGCCGCGGGGGGACUCUCGUCCCUGGGCAGCCCCCCCCAGCAGCUCUCGGCCGCCACCCCGCACGGCAUCAACGACAUCCUGAGCCGGCCUUCCAUGCCCGUGGCCUCAGGAGCAGCGCUGCCCUCCGCCUCGCCGUCCGGUUCCUCUUCUUCCUCUUCCUCGUCCACCUCUGCUUCCUCCGCCUCGGCAGCCGCUGCAGCGGCUGCUGCUGCGGCGGCGGCCGCCUCAUCCCCAGCCGGACUGCUGGCCGGCCUGCCCCGGUUCAGUAGCCUGAGCCCGCCGCCGCCGCCGCCUGGCCUCUACUUCAGCCCCAGUGCCGCGGCCGUGGCCGCAGUGGGUCGGUACCCCAAGCCGCUAGCCGAGCUGCCCGGCCGGACGCCCAUCUUCUGGCCAGGAGUGAUGCAGAGCCCGCCCUGGAGGGACGCGCGCCUGGCCUGCACCCCUCAUCAAGGAUCCAUUUUGUUGGACAAAGACGGGAAGAGAAAACACACCAGACCCACGUUCUCGGGCCAGCAGAUAUUCGCCUUGGAGAAGACUUUCGAACAGACGAAAUACUUGGCGGGACCCGAGAGGGCUCGCCUGGCCUAUUCGCUGGGGAUGACGGAGAGUCAGGUCAAGGUCUGGUUCCAGAACCGCCGGACCAAGUGGAGGAAGAAGCACGCGGCCGAGAUGGCCACAGCCAAGAAGAAGCAGGACUCGGAGACCGAGCGGCUCAAGGGGGCUUCGGAGAACGAAGAGGAGGACGACGACUACAACAAGCCCCUGGACCCCAACUCGGACGACGAGAAAAUCACGCAGCUGCUGAAAAAGCACAAGUCCGGCGGCGGCGGCGGCGGCGGCCUCCUGCUGCACGCGUCCGAGAACGAGAGCUCGUCCUGAGCGCCCGCCGCGCGCCGGCGCCUGCUGGCCUCCGGCCUCCGCCCGUGGCCCGCGCGCGUCCCGCCUCCCCGGCCCCGCCUGCGGGGCCUCUUUGCUAGUUUCUGAGAUGUACAUAUCUAUUUUUUUAACCCAGAAGUUGAGGGGGGCGGCGGACGGAGACUCGGGGGUUGGGCAGAAGGCUGAGACGACCGCGAAGUGCGCCGCAGCGAUACCGCCGCUGAAUCUCGCCGCUGGGCCACCAGCCUCCCAGCCCGGCUUGUCCCCCAGC